AUGACCAACGAAGCCCGCGACAAGGCGAUGCAGGAAGGUAUGGCCUCGCAAAUGGAGCAGCUGGUGGCCGCCAGAGAGCAGCGCGCAGAACAGGGCAGCGACGGCGGCCGGUGGUUUCACGCGUGGAUCGGAUCACGCCUGAUCAGAAAGGCUGCAACACCAAGCGGCAUUGAUGGCGCGGAUACUCUGCACGAAUCCAUCAUCGCUUACCAAGGCGGGCGCCGGCUUGCGACUACACAGGACACCCAUACAGGCUAUCGAAGGUACGGACGUGUCACUGCUCACAACGAGAUCUAUCCCGGCGACACAUCCUGCGAUUUCAAGACCCUCUCGGAUGAGCCGAUCUUGAUCAGCUACUGCUGCGCAAACACCCACAACGGCACUCAAGAGAUGACGGAGGAGCUUAAUAUCAGUCUUCUCCAAGCCUACUCGCGGGAGGCUACGGGAAACGCGGUCAUCGACUGGCGCAGGGUUGGCGACAUCGCGGCGGCGGUCGUGAACGCAGCCGGAGUCGUUGCCACCGGCCGCUUCCUGCUCGUAUGGCCUGCCGUCUCCGCGAUCAGGACCCUUAUCGGCGCCAUAGUCGGUAACAGGAACGGACCGCUCGCUUACGGUGUCAUCUUCAUCGAGAAUCCGCAGGAGAUGAAGGCAGUCGACAGUCAGCCCGACGCCUCGCACUUCAAAUUUCUCACCUACCGCUGUCAGAACUUCAGCCAUGGAUCUGACUACGAGAUCGAGUGCAAGGUCAAGCCUAUGAACAAGGAGGACAGGAACGCCAUUGGGAUCGCGUGA